AUGGACGCGGAAGCGGACCUGGACUUCCUCAUGCAGAAGAACAUGCGCAAGCUGCGCAUGAAGGCCGUCGCCAAGAAGAAGAGCGCGAUGAACGUCCCGACACACCCGCUCACGGCGCACUCGUUCGCGACCAUCUCGCCUAAGGAGAAGAGACGCGAGCCCAAACCGCAUGUGCUCAAGAAGGACUUCUUCGCCGUCGACGUGCCCAAGCUACACGCUGCCGAGGCCUCGUCGCCGGACGAGAAGCGCCGCAACAUUACGAUUUUUGAGUGCGCCAAGCUCUUCAACGACAAGGGCCAGGUGCUCACGCCGCAAGAGUUUGAGCUCGGCGGGUCGCCAUGCAGCAUGUCGCCGAGCCCGAGCAGCGACUACGGCUCGUUCGGCUCGCUCGGCCGCAAGUCGAAGAAGUUGCACAAGAAGUCGCUCAAGACCAAGCCGCUCACGACGUCGCAGAUGCUCCGCGAGAUGGCCUGGGAGCAGCUCAUGCUCGAGCUCAUGACUGCGCUCCUCCCGCGCAUCGACGUUCUCUCGGAGCUCAACCGCAACCUCGUCGUGUCGCGCUCGCCCGGCAAGCCCGGUCAAACCAUGGACCUUGUCGCUUUCCAGCAGCACCUCUCGGCGCGGCUCCUCCAGCUGCACACGGAAGAGACGGAGCUGCCCGCGCCGUUCACACCGGCAACCAAGCUGGUUCAAAUGUACAUCAACGCAAGCCUUGUCCAGCACAUCACGUACGAGUUCAUGAAGAUCAAAGACGCGCGUGCGAUCGCCGCGCACACCGACAUCCUGCUCGCCAUCUACGACACGGUGCCGGGUCUGCGCUUUGACAUUCUCAACGCAAUCGAAGCUGUCGGCAUUGAGCUCUACAACCUCCAAGCAUCGUCGCCCUCAGGCCUCUCGAUGGAGGGCAUCGUCAAUCUCCUCGGCCACCUCGUCCGCUUCCAGCACGACCUCUCGGUGCAAAGCCAGGAAACCAUGUUUGACGAUAUGGAAGACGACGGCCUUGCCUCGAGCGACGAUGACGUGGCGGUCUACGAAAGCGCCAAGCGGUCGCUGUCGAUGUUUUGCCGAUCGUGGUCGCUCUCGACGGUCUCGCCCAACGACAAGUACCCUGGCGACUCGUCCUUCUCGGGCAGCGCCAACCUCGGGUCCAACCCCACCGUCAAGGCCCUUGUGUCGACCUUGACGGCGCUGACCAAGGCGUCGCCGCACCACAGCCUCGACUUUCUCUUGGGCUGCUUGCUGCGGCGGUGGCCUGCCCGGUGCACGUCGCGGCAGCUGCUCUUCCUCCGCCUCCUCGCGGUGCAGCUCGUGCAACUGGCGUCGGCCAAUGUGUACCUCGAGCAUUUUCCCAAGGCGGUCUUCGAUGCGUUCAACCGCAUCCGCCUCUGCAUUUUGUCGCCACAUGUGCUCGUGGCGCGCGAGGCCGGCGGCCUCUGCGACGACAUGCAGCUGCAGCACCUCUUCUUGUCGCGCGACAAGACGUUGCUCGACAUGGUCUCGUCGGCGCUGCACGACAACGCCAAGCUCCACUGGAACAAACAGAUCCAGUCCCUCUCAGACGAUCGCUUCGAUGCGAUGCUCGACCUUGCGUGA